AUGGCCAAUGGUCAGGCAAUUGAAGAACGGACCCUUCCUUUUUACCAUAAAAAACAUUACUACCCAGUCGAAAUUGGGCAGGUUUUCAACAAUCGGUAUCGAAGUAUAGCGAAACUUGGAGCAAAGGAGUAUACCUCAUUGAAGAUUUGCAUUCAAGUUGACAAUGCCGAAACCUCUCCCGUCCUUAAUGAAAUCAACAUGCUCCGCCGGUUGAGCAAGUUUGCUGUGAAAGAUCACCCUGGACUUGAUUUUACACGCCUUGCACAAGAUAUCUUCAAGAUUGACGGCUCUUCUGGCUGCCAUUACUGCAUUGCUUCUAAACCCAAAGGCAAUAGCCUCCGCACAUUACAGGAGACAUUCCCUAAUGCAAUUUUGCCAAAGCUUCUAGUAAAAUCCUUGAUACACCGUCUAUUCUUCUCGGUGAACUGGCUACAUGCAACUUGCGGCGUUGCACACACUGACCUUUCACCUCAGAAUAUUCUGAUGGAAAUCGACGAUGACACCAGUCUUAGAGAUGUUGAGGAUCAAGAGUCUCAGAGCCCAAGUAUCCCAGUAGUCACUGGUGAUGGAACUACUCCUAUCUAUAGAUCUCGACCCACCAUGUUAGAACUCUCCGGUCACCCUAUCCUUACAGAUUUUGGUCAAAUGCGGUUAGUUGAAGGGCAGACAAAUAAAGACUGGUGGAUGUCCGAUUUAUAUCGUGCCCCAGAGGUGCUUUUGCAGCUCCCUUGGGGAUAUGCGGUUGAUAUAUGGUCAAUCGGUGUCAUGACGCUUGAGCUUUUGGAAGGCAAGAACCUUUUUGAUCCAAUAGAUCGUGCUCAUGGUCAAUAUGUCCUCCCAUUGGCCCUGGCGCAGUACAUAGGAUAUCUUGGUCCUCCGCCGCUGGAAAUAAUCCGUCAAAGCCCGCUAUUCUCAACCUAUUUUGAUUCGGAAGGUAAGCCUGACUAUCUUUCUUUCACUAGAAAUUGGAAUAAUAUUCCUCACCCUAAGUAG